AUGGUUGAAUAUAAACGCGCUAUUGUAGACCACUUCAAAGUCUCGAAAAAUCCUGACCACACUUGGCUUGGCUAUUUGCAAUUCUUCAGUGCAUGGUUCUGUUGGCUCAUGGAUGCCUAUGAUUACUUCAGUGUUUCCUUAUCUGUCACUGGACUGGGUGAAUAUUAUGGACAAGAUACGACCAGCGUAACUACUUCAAUGACCCUCACACUCCUACUUCGUUCCGCUGGUGCGCUCAUUAGCGGUUUGAUCAGUGACAAGUUCGGUAGACGUAAUGUCUUAGUCGCAACAAUGACGAUUAUUGGUGCCCUAUCACUCGCAACUGCCUAUGCAAAGACAUUCCCACAAUUUUUAGCAGUCCGUGCACUCUAUGGUAUUGCUAUGGGUGCUAUUUUUGGACCAGCUAGCAGUAUUGGAUUGGAAAGUUUGCCUGCUGAAGCAAGAGGUCUUUUUUCAGGUAUCUUCCAACAAGGCUACGCUGUUGGAUAUCUUAUUGCCGCAGUCGUAAAUCUUGGUUUUGUCCCAGAUAUGCCAGAGCACAUUGGAUACCGUGGUCUAUUCUAUUUAGGUGCAGCUCUCUCAUGGGCAGCGGGUAUUAUUAGACUCUUCAUCCCUGAAAGUGACACUUACAAAGCAGCCAAAGAACGUAAGAAAGAACAAAUAGAAGCGGGUGACUAUCAGCAGGUCUCAGCCAAAGUUUAUGCGAAAGAGAUCGGCAAGAUGGUGAAGAACUACUGGAUUCAAAUCGUCUACUGUUUCUGGAUUAUGACACUUUUCAACUUCUUCUCUCACUCUUCACAAGAUCUUUACCCAAAGAUGAUGGAAACAGCGAAAUGCCAAACUGAACAUGAUGCAACAUUGGCAACUAUCAUUAGUAACGUUGGAGCCAUCGUAGGUGGUACUAUUGCUGGUGCCGUGUCCCAGAAAAUUGGUCGAAGAUUCACUAUGGCAUUGUUUGCUCUUCUCGCUGGUGCGUUCAUACCGCUAUGGAUCUUACCAAAUGAUUGGAGCUCUCUGGCCGCUGGCGCCUUUUUUGUGCAAUUCGGAGUGCAGGGAGCCUGGGGUGUCAUACCUGUAUUCCUUCAAGAAGCAUCUCCACCAGCAUACCGUGCACUUUUCUCCGGAUUGACAUAUCAGCUGGGUAACAUGGUCUCAUCUGCAUCAGCCCAGAUUGAAGCCCGCGGUGGAGAAGACAGACAAAUCGUCGAUUGUCAUGGUGAGGUUGUUGAUGAUUAUGCUACAGUCAGUGGUAUCUUCGUCGGUAUUAUUGCUGCGCUCAUCAUGAUCACUGCUCUUGCUGGUAAGGAGAAUCUUGGUAAAGCAAUCGAGAAAUCGAAAACAGCGGGUGAAGCGGGAGCUGGUGAGCAAGAAAAUGAUGAAGUUGGUCCAAUGGCUACCUUCGAUGACCGCGAGAAGGGUUUAAAGAGAGUCGGAACAGACUCACUCUACUCAACUGAUAAGGCCUCAAUCACUCACAAAGAACAUGUUUAA